CUCAAAACGCUCGUGCCUCUCCUACAGCCCAGAAAGGCUGUAAAACUCGCCAUGUAGUGGGUCAAAAAAGAUGAGGGAAAAAGAGAAGGGCACCUAUAACAGCAUGCAUACAAGAGUGCUCAAAAGAGAAUAACAUUGACGUGACACACUGCUCCAGCACUUCUCCUCAUGUGUUCUGUGGCGUUUUAUUUAUUUCCCAUUUUGAAAACUAUCCUGCAAGGAUUGAAGAAUAGGAUUCAAGGUUAAUGGAUAUCAAAUACUGAUUUUUCUGGCAUUUGUUAUUGGAUGUGCUAGAGUACAAGUGUUCAUGUCACCACUACAAUCUCUGACACUAUUUUGGACCAAGAUUAGAAGUGACAUCUCUUUGUUGUUUUCAUGCUCAUCCUAUUUUUUUUUAUUAUUAUUUUAUUGGAGAGAAAUUGUAUUUGUAGUCUGCCUUGACAGAGUUUAAAUGUACUUUUCUUGGCUGGACCAUUACCUCUGUUAUUUGAGCUUGUUUGUACUGGAAUAUUUUUUUUUAAAAAAAAUGUGUUUAUUAUAAUCAUACUUUUGUGCUUAUUUUGAUUAAGUUGUACAUUUUAUGGUCUCUGACAUGAAGGCAGUGCAAAUUGUCAUUUAAAUUGUGCUUAUAUUUUUAUUUAUUUAAAAACCUGAAAAUUGUUGAUCAAGUUAUUUAUGAAAUUUCUUUAGAUGAACAUUUAUGUAGAUGCACACAGAAUUCAGUUUUGUCUGACUCUGACAAGAGACAUUUGCUAAUUCUCAUUGUGUUUUCUUAGCCACUGCAUUCAGGCACAGUUGAGAAAAAAGCUAAUUAUCUAAUUAAAUCCACAUAGGCAAAAAUAUAAAAAUGCUAUAUUUUUGUUGACACAUUAGCAGUGCUUAACUGGAAGUCUGUCUCUUAGAUGAUAGAAUCACAAGUUAAUGUGGUUUCAUUAUAUUCUGCUUUUAUCAUAUGUUAGUAUCGUGAUUGGGCAUUGUUUCACACAAAAAGCACUGAUGUGAGGGAGAUGUAACACUAUCAGGGAUAGAAAAGCCUGCUGAAGUUUCUUUCUAAAUUUGAAUAUACACCUAUUGAAACACUGUCAUCAUUUAAGAUUGACACAUUGAAAAGCCCAUGAUUUGGGUUUAAAGCUGACAUAUAAAUAAAUAAACUCAAUCACUAUCUUCAUCAACUAUUUUAAACAUCUAGUUCUUCCAUCCAGAACAAGUAAUUGCACUACAGUGUAAAAAAAAAAAAAAGUGUUUGAAAGGUCAAGAACAGAACUCCGCAUGAAGUGCUCGAGCAGUCCACUCCAAACACACCCUCCAUUACCCUGAGGUGACUCCACUGAGCCUUGGCACUGAACAUGCGCUCACCAGGUCCCCAGAGUCCAUCCAUAACUGGGGAGGCCCUCCUUCACGGACAGUUUGGCAGUUGGAGCAGUGGAGGGGGAAGUGGAAGUAACAAUAAUAGCUGCCCCAACAGCCCUGGGGGUGUCUCUUUACCUUCUAGCCCUACUUCCACCAGCUAUGCCCUGACCUUAACCCACACACACAUCCAUGUCCAGCGGCUGUCUUCUCACACAGGAAAGCAGUCCAGGCUAAUACUGCCACUGGCUGAGCUGACUGGAUGCAGCUGUCCACGGUCACCAGCCCCUCCUUUGCUGGUGCUUUACUGGUACCCUCCGGGUAAACGGCGGAAGGGUGUCUCCAGACACAGGCAGGUGAGGGCGUACUUGGCGGAGAGCAGAGCUGAGGCGGAGAAAUGGAAUGCCGCCAUACAUUGCUUGCUGAGGGGGAUGGAUGUCUGCUCCACCACAGAAUUUAGCAAAAGCAUGUUGCCUCGUCCCCGUCGACUGUUGCUGCUGGUAAAUCCAUUCAGUGGACGCGGGCAAGCAAUGCAGUGGUGUCAAAUGCACAUACUUCCAAUGAUAAGAGAAGCCAACGUCAGCUACAACCUUAUACAGACAGAGCGUCAGAAUCAUGCACGUGAGGUGAUCAGAGAGAUCUCUCUACUAGAAUGGGAUGGAAUCAUCAUUGUAUCUGGAGAUGGACUCUUGCAUGAGGUGAUAAAUGGCCUUAUGGAAAGGCCAGACUGGGAACAAGCAAUAAAAACCCCUGUGGGAAUUCUGCCGUGUGGCUCUGGGAAUGCACUUGCUGGUUCAAUCAACCACUAUGCAGGAUAUGACAUGUGCCUUCGGGAGUUUCUCCUCCUCAACUGCUGUUUUCUGCUUUGCCGGGGUGGGGUUAAACCGAUGGACCUAGUCUCUAUUACAACCAGCCCGAUUGCUUCAUCCUCCUCAUCCAAUCUGAACGGGCACCCACCUGCUCCCAGGAGGCUUUUCUCUUUCCUCUCUGUGGCAUGGGGUUUUGUGUCUGAUGUGGACAUUGAAAGUGAGCGCUACAGAGGGCUGGGCUCUGCACGGUUUACACUAGGAACACUGGUUAGAUUGGCUUCUCUGCGCUCUUAUAAAGGGCGUCUUUCCUACUUGCCACCUGCUAUGUUCAAUCUGUCCCCAGAUACCACACCUCAGCCUCCCCGCCGGCCUCUUUCACGCAGCAUUACGGAGGGUCUGGAGGGGUUUUGUCGCACACCCAUCCACCGUACCUGCUCCGACAUGGGCCUGAGUGAACAGAGAAGCCUCCGAAAGGGAGAAGGGGAGAGAGAGAGGGAGCGAGAGAGGGAGAGGCAGGAGAGAGAGAGAGAGAGGGAAAGGAGGAGACAGAGGGCAAGGGGCAUAGGAGUAGUGAGAGCUAGCAGUCUAGCAGAGGACAGAGAGAGGGAGAUGGAAGCAGAAGAAAAAAUGGAAGAGACAUCAGGUACCAGCUCGGAAUAUAACAAAAGGGACGAGUGUGAAAACAUAGCCAGUAAUGAUGAAGGAAAUAAAAGGGAAACAAGAGAACUUGGAGAGAAUGAGUUGGGGGAGAAAAAUGGGGUGAAUGAAGGAAAGGAGUUUAACGAGUGUGAAGGGAGUUAUGAGACCAUGCCACCUGAACUGCAACACGCAAUACAUAAAAACUCUACCCCCUCGAGCCAGAUAAUUAAUGCAUUUUUUAGCCAGCCAAUUAGUGCAGAUACUGACCAAGACUUGGAGCUGGCAGCCCAUGGGAAGGAGGAUGAAGAUCUAAAUGGCUCCUACUUUCAGAGAGAGGCGAAUCCACUGGACAAGUCUCGGGAGCGAGCCCUCACCAUCUCUUCCUCUCCGUUCCGUCGGUCUCCUUUCAAACCUAAAUUUUUGGACCAGAACCAGAACCCCUCACGGCCACGUCCCCUUUCCCUUCACCAACAAUCUCAUUCAAACUCUCUUCCACCAAAAUUCCCAUCCCUUUCUCUUUCCCUUUCUCCGACACCUCCUUCAUCUCCAUCUAGUUCUUCUCCCUGUUCUUCUUAUCACGCCCCUCGUCUCAACACCCCCAGCUCCUCUUCCCCAUCACCUUCCUUUUACUCACCAACUCCAUCCUUCAACUUUGACCUCGCUGAGCCUGCAGGGCCCUUGAAGAACUGCCCCAACACAACCUCCUCCAUCCACCUGCCAGAGGAUGACCUGCUACCUCCUCUGGACCAGCCUCUACCUACACGAGACUGGGUCACCAUUGAGGGUGACUUUGUCCUGGUUCUUGCCAUCUACCAGUCUCACCUGGGAGCAGAUCUUUUUGCUGCUCCUCAGUCCCGAUUUGACGACGGGUUGAUCCAUCUAACAUUUGUGCGGGCUGGUAUCUCCCGGGCAACCCUGUUAAGACUAUUCCUAGCAAUGGAGCGAGGAGCCCAUUUGUCUCUUAGCUCUCCCUAUGUUAGUCAUGUUUCUGCUCGGGCUUUCCGUCUUCAGCCACUUUCGCAUCGAGGAACCCUCACUGUGGAUGGGGAGCUGGUGCCCUAUGGACCUCUGCAGGCACAGGUUCAUCCCUCCAUGGCCCGUUUGAUUGUUGGGGACACUGGAGUAAAGAUUACAAGAUUCUGACCUGUUUGGAUUUGCCCAGGCAGGGAUUAACCUCACGCUCUGGGUGAUAUAACAUUUUUCCAUCCACAUAUUGGGGGAGAGACAAACGGCAAGCCAGUUUUUGCAAUCACUGCUUUUACUAGGAUUAACCAAGGGAUUGGUUUUUCAAGCUGCAUAUGCAAGGAGUUUUAUUUAAAUGUAUGACCUAUUGCAUGACUGUAGGAUUACCACUUGGAUUUCCCUCAAUUUAGCCUUAGGGAGAGAAAGCAGCAAUGUCUGGAUAAACAUGGACAUGUUUAAACUGAAUGUGUAAAACUGGGGUAUACAUUUUAGUAUUCAUUUUUCAUGGAUUGUCAACAUUACUCCUGCCUUAUUUCAGUGAGAGAUUAAAACGUCACAGACAGAACACUAAAAUAAUGCAGCCUUUUGGGUUGCCACGCAUUGAUCCAAAUAUGACAUCAACCAUGUCACGUAAUCGGUACCCUUGGAAUGCCUUAUCCAUCUCUGAAAUUAAAGUGUAAUCCCCUUUAAUUUACCAACCCACUUAGUAUCACAAUUAAUCCUGAGACCUCAUUUAUAGUGGUCGACCGAUAUGGGAUUUUUAAUGGCCGAUGCCGAUAUUGAGAAAUCAAUCUGGCCGAUUGGCCGAUAUGAGGCCGAUACAAUACAUGUGAAUACAGUAAAUGAGAGACAAAGAAUACCAAUCUAAACAAUAUUCAAAUUAAUGACAAAAUAGUAUGUGCAAUUCCAAUUCCAUCUCAUAAAUGUACAUUUAUUUACACUAUUAAGUUUAAACAGGUUGUUUACUUUUAAGUAUAUUUAAAUGCUGCUGUUCCGAGAAUCUUUAGUUUCAGUUUCUGUGUUAGCACCCCCCCCACCUACACAAUGGUUGUCUAUGUGCACUGGAACAAUCAUUCAUAAAACGCAUUAAACUUUAGUUUACAAAGACGUGAAACUCACCGAGUGGU